ACACACACUCUCUCUCCCUCUCGCUCUCUCUUUUCAUGACCCGCCGUUGGUGAUCGACAUUCAGUUCCAACCCCUCCGAUGCGGUUCUUCCUAAAAUAGGAACCUCUCUCUCCAGACAAUUGGACAAGCGCCCACGUCGUCUCCUCUUUUUUUUUUUUUUUCUCCAGCGCGAUCCGCCACUCGUCUUACUUCGGCUCUUAUACCUUGCACUGUGAUCACUCUCUUAGUCUGAUGCAUUAGACUUCCUCUUAUUACCUAGUGAACCAGUCUUUCACAUCACUUCAACUCUUAUUGAGUGCGGGGUGCACCCUAAUCCUCGUCCGGCCGUUGAGACUCACCACUUGUUUGUUUCUCUGUUCAUCGACCCUAUCCUCUUACUUUUCUUCUUCUAUUUCUAUCUCUUUUCUUUUUACCCUCUUCCCAUCUCUUUCUACCUUGAGCUCUAUUGCUGAAGGAUUCAUCGCCAUGCUUCUUGCCUCCAUGCAACCGCCAACGUCACAUUAUCCUCCUUCCGAAGCAGGUCCAACGGCCUCGCAAACAACUAUGCCCACGGUCACUUCUCAGACCUCACCAUGCCCAUCGACAGUCUCACACUCAAACUUGUCCUGUAGCCUCUCAUCCAACGUGACAAGUAACCGACGACCUACUACGAGACCCAAACUUACACUCCAAACGACGUCACUUCCCCUGACAUUCGGCACUUCUUCGACGGGAUUGUCUCUUUCGCUUGCUACCGGACCGACAGCGUCCCCCACGGUUCGCAACACUUUUAAGAAUGCCUAUGAAGUCGCCGUACCAUCCUCUGCCACCGCUUCACCCUCAAGGUCAUCCAAUCACCGGUUCAGCAAACCCUCGUCGCCAUAUACCACAAACAGCCCUUAUCAGCUCCCUCUUGGAGUCAAAAGUAUUCUUCGCAACUCGCCGUUAGAACCGACCUGCAGGCGCCGGGGCUCAGUGGCCGCGAUCGGGCCCAAUGGUGGACCGAGCUCACGCCGUGUUUUUUUCCCCGCCAAGAAAAAAGUAAGCUAUCGGCAGCCGCUGGAAGAGGAAAUCCAAACCGUGCACUACACCGUGCGUCACUCCGAUAUCACAAAUCAGCCCAAUCCUGAAUCCCACGAAGCUGGCUCCGGGGAAGAUUCGGAUUCGAACACGAGUGCGGAGCCAUCCGAUGCGAGCACGUCGGAUGAAGAUGUGGAGGCAAAAUCGAGCAAUAACCCCUUGAAAUCAUUCGGAAAGAAGAAGCGGAAGCACUUAAGUGCGGAAAAACAAAUCCGGGCAGUUGCUCUAAUGGACGGGAUUGACAAAGAUGGCUCCUCCACUCCACAAACGCCAUGUCAAAAUCGGGCCAAACGUCGCUGCGAAUGGAGAUGGACCCUGGGACCGUUAGAGAUUCGGGAUGGAAAUGCCCAACCUUCACAGGCUGAAGAGCGGACAACACCCAACCCGACAGAAACUAUACCGAACGUAUCCCCUGCCUCUAAUGCCACCACAAUAUCGCCGGACAACGAGAAUGACAGCCCUAGAUCCUGGGUCUCGAACCUUACGUCUUUGUCCAGUAUCUCAGAGCAAAAUCCCAGCCCAAGUUCAUCCAUCGCUCUAGAGGUCGUCACAAAUGAUGGUUGCAAGAGUAAUAUGACUCACGAAGCUGAACGAUCGCACGCGAAUUCAAUCCAAUGACGAGCGAUGAAAUGGAAACCAAGCAUGCAUUGAUGAGUUUAGGAUUUCCGAUUAUGAUGAUUUAUGCAUAUAGAAGGCAUGGGACCAUGAGCCUUUUCAGCAAGCAUCUCUUCAUACAUACAUACACAUGUUUAUAUACAUAUCAGGCUGAGUUCGGUUGAGGUUUCCAGAGCAUGAUUGAUUGAUUAUUCUUUACAUUGGGAGUUACAUGAGAAAGCCUUUGCUUGUUUGAUACCAACGAGGUUGGCGGCAUGGUGCCAUUGCAUAUAUAUAUACACUUUUUGUUUUUCAUCACAGCAUAUACAUACCUAUAUAUUACUCCUUACUAUUCUAAUAAAUAUCUACGGUGACACUUGAGACA